CAGUUUAGUUUAUUGCGGUCGCCGCGCCUGUGGCACACAAACAUACUGUUCAGUACAGUUGUGUUGUUGUUGUUGUUGUUAAACGCGCGUUAAGUGAAUUUUUGUAUAAAAAUUUGAACAUUUUUCACAUUGGAAAUUCAUAAAUUUCAACGUUUUUCAACGUUAACAUUUGUUUACCUUUCGUCGGACUCCAGCAUAAUUAACCCACGCGCUGUAAUUAACAAAAUGUUGGCGCACAGUUUCUUGAUUCUCGUCAUUGUUUCGACAUCGUUCUGCAUUUCGCGCGUAGUCGCUUUACGACCCUCCGGCAAUGACGAUUACAUACGCGACAAUACCGAUGACAACGGUAAUCCCUUUGUGGCAGCGCGACAACGACUGAAGCAACAACAACUGCAGUACGAACGAGCCAAGUAUAAAUACCUUGCUGAUAAUAAUAAUGAGCGCGAUUUAAAUAAUAAUAAUAACAACAACAUGGGAUACAGCGCUUACAUGCAACAACAACAGCAGCAGCGGCUACAAAACGGACUUGCAAAACCCAAUAUUGCCGAAACGCAGUCGAAAGCCAGCGCAAAACACGAGUCAACUAACGAUGAUUUGCAACGCGAACCGGAAGGGAAAGUAGAGCGAGCGACAGCAACUAAGAAAUCUGAUUUAAAUGAAAUAUUUGGUGACUAUCAACAUGCGGCAAACAACAACAAUGCUGAUAAGACAAAUUUACGCGGCGAUUACGAAGUGUCUAAUGGCGAGUCGCAGCACAAUGCAAUGGGUGCACAAAAUGAAAUCUCCAAGGGCUUCCAUCAAUCAAAACUGGAGCACCGUGCGGCAGCACAGCCAGCCGAUCAGAGUGCAACGGAAUAUGAGAACGACGAAGAGUUGGAUUUGGAGCUGCCUUAUGGCAUACAGAAUGUGCGCAAGCGUAUGGCGCGCCACAAGCCGGAUCAUAGCAAACCGGUCACUUAUCAGUCGUUGUGUCCCACCAAACGCAUUGCGAUACCACUCGAGACUUCCGGUUACGAAUAUCGCCCCAGUCAUUAUAUCGAAGUCACGUGCGCCCACUAUACACCAGCGCACAGUUAUGAGUUUAGAAAAAAUCGGAUUUGCUCAGAGGCGGGCUUCUCUUGCAUCCAACUGAAUCGCACCAUACACCUGAUCAGACGCAAUAAGGCAUCGACCGAUGAGUGCUGGGAGUCGGAAAUACGUAUCGUGCCCUCGGGUUGUGAAUGCAUGUGGCCGAAGCAUGACAAUGGCGAUAUCGCUGCCUACCAUGAGGCGCAGAAACGUUAUGGCGCUUAUGCGAAUGUGCAGGCAAAUGCCGAUUACGAGCAGGGCGAGGGCUAUCGCCAGAUACAGCCGCAACAAAGCGAAUUGUUUGGCAUAAAUGGUUUGCGUCGCAAUGAGAAUCCCGAUGGCGUUGGUUUUGAGGCCUUCGAAUAUAAUUGAAGCGGCGCCGAUCUUCUACACUUUUAUAACUUUUGCAUGAUUUAUAUUUAUUGAUGACGAUUUGUUUGUUUGCUGACGACGCUGAGGACAACGAAUGUGUUUUAUACGAAAGAAAAUGGAGGCUUUGAGAUCUACCUAAUUUCGCUAUGAUUAUAGGCGGUUAAAGUAGUUAUAAUUGCUGAUUGUGUAAUUGAAAGUACCUUCUUAAUAAAUGUGUAACUUAAUUAUAGUUUGCA